UGUUGCCCAGAGAUGGAAUCUCAUUUACUGUGGCACAAACCUGCUCCCUACAUCCCCCAUUUAACUUGUGCCCUGUCCUGGGCACCUGGAUGCCUCCCGGAUGCCUGGGUCCUUUUCCCCCUGCAGACAUGGACGAGGAUUUCCGGCAGUACCUGUGUGACUAUGUCACCAGCGUGGUGCGCUCAGCAGGGACACACGUCCGGACGGACCGAGCCGGGCAGGUGCUGACGGGGGCUCAGCUGGCUGCCAGGAUCAAGGACGUCUCCCGAUACUUGAAGACCCAACGCUACGACUUCUCCUCUGCUGUGAAGAUGGCUGAAGCAUUUGCAGCGAUGAGAAAGGAGAAAAACAGCAAAGCAGUAGAAGCCGCCAGGAGAGAAUAUGAACAAUUUGUGCAGGAGCUGGACCGUGGCCACCAGAGUAUAAACUGCUGCCUGAGGGUGAAGCCUGAGGAGAUGAAGAGACGGCUGGAGGGGAAACGCUGGGAGCUGCUGACGCAUUGCCAGGGGCAGCUGUGGGGCGAGGACCCCCAGAAACAGGCUGCCCUGAAGGUGCUGGAGCAGGGGCUGGCCGGGAAGACGUCCAAGUUCCUAACGGCCUACGGACAGCGCUUUAAAGAGAAGGCUGUGCGGCUGGGCCUGUACAUUGGAGGGAGUGUCCUGGCUGUGGUGGGUGCGGGUGUUGUGGCGGGCAUCAGCCCAAGUCUGGUGGUCAAGGUCGGAGCCGGGGGCCUUGUCCUGAUCAGGAGGAUGGUGGGAAGAUGGAUGUGGGGCUAAUUUGGUUUUAGAAUACAACAGGCACCAACGCCCCAGGGCAGGGGGAUGAGGGGCAGGGUAUUCAGAUCAGGAGCCCCUGCUGCGGGGUGACAGAGAGUGGGGAAGAACCAUCACACCCCACCCCGUGCAAGACUCUGUCCCAGCCCUCAGCACUGGGAACCUCUGUAUGCAAAGGAUGGGGAUAGAUAGAUAGAGGGGGUGGAUGGGGAUAGAUAGAUAGAUGGGGUCAAUGGGGAUAGAUAGAUAGAUAGAUGUAUGGAGUGGAGAUAGAUAGAUAGAUAACCCUUCUGCCCUUCAGCGUUAGCAGGAACAAGGGCCGGGUUCAGGAUCUAGGGGUUCCAUUUCAAUAACACAAGGCAAAACCGGCUUGAGUCCCCACCCAGUGACCUGGGACAAUUACAUACCACCCCCCGGGCUCCUCUAA